AUGCUAAGCCUGCACCCCACAGUGGCCUGCCUCGGCACCCCAUUGACGGCCUCCUGCACCCUUGACCCCAGCUGCCUGCAGAUCGGCCAUGCCCGCCCGGGCGAUAUUGUCUGGAGACUGAAUGGAGACACAAGGCAGCUGCCACUGAACCAGAGCAUCGUGGGAAACGGCACAGUCACCGUGGUCACCAUUUUCCGGGCAGAGCAGCCCCAUGGGGAGCUGAGCUGUUACCUGUCUCACCGGAGCAGUAUGCACCGGUUGGGUCUGGCCGAGUACCAGGCUGGAGUCCCGCCAGCAGAGCUACAAGUGGAACAUUGCAUCAGCUUCUGGGGUGGGAACAUCACCUGCUACUGGGACCCUGGGCCGGAGACCUACCUUCCAACCACAUACACCCUCCACAUCACUGAAGAAGCAGGGCGCUGCCUGUGGAUGUUCAGAGAUGCCGGGACGUGCGUCUCCAGCCGAGAGAGCCGUUCCUGCACCAUCCCUGUGGAGAACCUCUUUGCCUCUUUCCGAGUGAGGCUAACAGCCGUGAAUCUGCUGGGCCGGGCCAGCGCCGCAGACAAGUGCGUGCAUGGAAUGAGCAUUGUGAAGCUGAGCCCACCGGAGGUCAGCACCACGGCGGACAGGAGUGACUGCUUCCACGUGGCGUGGUGGCAGCCCAAUGAGGAGCUUCUGCGUGUGACGGACGCGCGGUAUGAGAUCCGGUACCGCGACGUGGACGAAGCAUCCUGGACACAGGUGGAUGUCACAGCCGCAGAGAACGCGCCUGCGUCGAAGGACGUCUGUGGUGUCUCGCCGUUCACCAGCUACUCCAUCCAGGUGCGAGCGCAGUACCAGAGCGACGCCUUCCCCUGGAGCGAUGGGGGCCCCUCUUGGAGCGCCUGGAGCCACGAGAGAUUUGUGAGGACUCUGCCCGCGGCCCCGUCCAGAGGGCCGGCUCUUUGGAGGAGAAUAGCCACGCCCGACUCUGAUGGGAGGAGUGAGAUCAUUCUGAUGUGGAAGCUUGUGGACUUCAGCGUCUGCACUGUUGUAAACCUGGCUUUACAGUUGCUGGACCUAGGUCUCACAGCCAUGCUCAACCUGUCCACGCUCCACUGUGCAGCCCUUCUGACUCAGCCCUUGCAGCCAAAGGAAGCCAACAGCAGAAUCCUGACCUACAGUCUCCGCUGGCAGCGAAAGGGGCAGCCGGCUGUCCUGGCAUGCCUCACCCACUCCCUGCAGUGUGCUCUGGAGCUGCCGGCCUCCGAGGAACACACCUUCUUCCUCACCGCCAGCAAUUCCAUGGGCGAGUCCCCUGCUAGUAAGCUGUCGAUCCCGGCGGUGCAGGCCCAAGCAGUGCUGCUGCCACUGCCAGUCCUGGUCUCGCCGGCGAGCGAUCGCAGCCUUCUCCUGCAAUGGGAUCCCCCGGGCUUCGCUGCAGCAGCCUAUGUCUUCGAGUGGGGCCGGGCGUCUGAGAAUCGGGGGCAGAACAGCAGCUGGAGCUAUGAGCUGGGAAACAUCAGCAGGGUGGUCCUGGCAGAGGCAAUUGAGCCGGGGUAUCUCUACAGCCUGACAAUCUUUGCCCUGAGCGAUGGAGCCGUCCAUGCUGCAGGGUCUGCAAGCGCUUACUCCAAGCAGAUCGCUCCAUUCCGUGCCCCUGCUCUGCAUCCCACCCAUGUCUGGCCAUCCCAGGUGGAGGUGCAGUGGGAGGAGGUCCCAUUGGAGGAGCAAGGUGGCUUCAUCCGGAACUACACCAUCUCCUACGAGGAGCAGGGAAAAGACACCCAGGGUGAGGCACCACCUGGCUUUGUGCUCCAUGCUGGCCGGGCCUGGACUCACCAGCUGGGACUGAGCAGCGGCAUCUCCUGUCUUACAGCCGUGGUGGUGAACGGCUCCGUCCGUCGCUAUCUCAUCGCGGGUCUGGCUCCUGACUCCGUGGUGAGGGUGGGCAUCUCUGUCAGCAACGACGGGGGAAGCACCCAGGGCUCUGUCCUCUCCAUCAGAACCAGAAGCCUUGACGACGGGAAGGUUGAACUGUUGCUGUCCUCCCUGUGUGUGGGGCUAGUCGUCCUGCUCAUAACGGCCACUCUGGUCUGCGUCCUCAAGCACCCCCUAAUACAGGGCUGCCUGUGGCCGCAAGUCCCUGACCCUGCGAAAAGCCACCUGGCCAGCUGGCUGCCACAGAAAAUGUGGCUGGACUUGGGGAACUUCCCAGCGGAGCAGAGCAAGAAGCAGAGAGCGGGGUAUCCCGACUUCCCGUUCUGGGGGGUCUCGGGAAUCAUCUGUGGCCAGCAGGAGGAGGAGGAGAGGAUGUGCAAGUCCUUCCUGGAAUGCACCUGGGCAGCAGAGGCCUCUAGUGCCAGAGAUAAAUACAGGCAGCCUCUCCAGACCAUCCUCCUCCGGGGAGACGUGACUACCCCAGACCAUUCCCAGGCAAGACGCCAAAGCACGCUGGAAUAUUCCACAGUGAUUGUCUGGGCAUAUCCUGGUGAUGCCCCACCAAGUUCUACUGCUCCCUGGCCUCAACCUACCCCUCAGAGCCCAGAUUGCUCUGGCCCCAGCCCAGGGACGCAGAGCACUCAGCCAAAUACUUUGCUGACCUGCUGGCUGGGGAAGCCAUCGGAGGCUGAAUCCCAGGCCCUGAUCCUGCAGCGGCCUCCAGACAAGCCUGUCUCCGCCCAGGAAGCGGCGGCGCUGCCCCCUGGCGGCUGCAGGCGGCUGCGGAGGGCGGUCCGCUCCCAGCCCGGCCCCGCCCCCCCCGAGCCCCGGACUUUAACUCCUCGCCAGGCGGCCGGUCGCUCGCUCGCCCUUCUCCUGCUGCCGGGGGCCAUGUGA